UGCAGUGCUGGAAACUUCCAAGUAUUUAAUGUAUGACUAUCACUAUAACGUAAUGCAGAAACAUUAUGAUGAUAAAAUUGAGCUCAUGUAUACAGAUACAGAUUCAUUGGUGUACUAUAUUCAAACUGAUGAUUUUUACAAUGAUCUGUUGAACAAUCCAAACUUGUUGAAUCGAAUGGACACUGCAAAUCUACCCCGUGACCACCCGUGUUACAUUGCUGAGAGAAAGAAGAUUCCUGGGUUAUUUUCUGAUGAAACCGAUGGACGUAUUAUGAGAGAGUUUUGUGCUCUCCGUGCAAAGUCCUACGCUUACAUUUUAGAAGAUAAGGAGAAAAUCAAAGCAAAAGGAAUCCGUGGACAUGUUGUUAGAAACCAUAUGACCUUUCAAGAUCAUAAACGGUGUUUGUUUGGUGAUCCCAGUUUGGAAGUAACAACGUCAAACGUUUCUAUCCGUUCAUUCAAACACAAAUUAAAGACCAUCAAAUCCAAUAAAUUAACUUAUAACAGUUUUGAUGAUAAAAGGGUUAUAGUUGAAGACAAAGUACACACCCUAGCUCAUGGACACUAUUCUAUAGAGGAGGAACUUGAAGCAGAACUAGAUAGUUAGUUUUUUUUUAAAUA